AUGCUUCAACUUCCAGACGAGCAAUCUCGUUCUACAACCGACGAGCGGGAAGAGACUUUGUACAUCGAACAGGAUGCAACGAAUUUGAUGAAAGGACAAAGCAGCGAUGACGACCAGAUACAUGUAGAAGCAGCAACAAGCUCGCACGAUCUAGCGCAUAGGAGCAAUGAUAGGAGCGAUGAGAAUUGCGCUUCCAUCGUCCACUUGAUGGAGAUGGAUGGUGUUAGGAUGGACCCAGAGAGCAAUGAUAACGUUGCCAGAAGGGCGAAACAAGCCUUCAAGGAACGAGUUGAUCAGUUGGAAGCAGCAACUGUGACUGCCCAUAAGGAAUAUUGGGACAGGUUACAGCACGUGUAUCCUGCCUCAACCGUAAAAAGAAUGAGGUUGACGGCGGUGGAAAACCUACGUACGACUGUGACAACGCAGCCUCGAAAUGACCAUGAAGCGUUGGAUACAUUAGCCGUGGCUGCUGCUUCUGGCUUUCAACACGUUGACGAGCAAGAAAUAAUAUCUACAGAUCCUGUAGCGACGACAGUGAAAAAAGCCAAGCGAACAUAUAGCCCACUGCACAAUUCACUGCCUCUGGGCAACAGAGCAAGUGAAGGCACAGACAAUGAGCAACAUCCCGUACAAGUUCACGACCCGACAUUAACCGAGGCAGUGGACAAGCUUACGAACAAGUUAAUGCAGCUCGUUGUUCAGCUUGAAGCAGCAUCAGAUGCAGCAGCAGCAGAAUCUAUCAUGGCCGCUGCAGCGCUUAUUGCCGUUGAGGCAGCGGAAAUGGGGCGGUACGAAGAGGCAGCUUUGGCACGCAUUAUGGAGAUCGAGGAACACCGCUUGGAGGUGAUGCAAGGGCUUUUGGAAUACGCAAAACGAAAGCAAAAGCGUAAAAAUAAUAAUAAUAAUAAGGAGGAGGAAGAGAAUAAAGACGGCGCUUUCGACUUGAUGCCACGUGACUCAAGUGCUAAGGACACGGAAGUGGAUGAAACGCAGUUGUAA